CUUGAUUGAACUCAUCAGUCCUCAGUCGUUUGCAGAAUUCGAAGUGGUAAACUCACUACAAGAAACGAUGAACGCUAAACUAUUCUUAAUCGUCAUUUUGUGCUUUGUAAGUUCGACCAUUGGCAGACGAAAACACGUUCCCACACCAUCGGAAUUUUCCUGUCCGAAAAGUUGUGAUUGUGACAAAUUGAAUUAUUACAAGGAAACAAAGUGUAGUGGAAAUGGGUCGUCGUUGGAGUUAAUUCUGAGACAAACAUCGAUUCUCCCAUCCCCCCAAUUCACUCAUAUCCGUGGUAAUCAUUUGACCGUGAAUUGCACAACAGCAGAUCAUUUUGCGUACGAAAUUGUUUCCGAAUUUAAUUUCGUCAAUUUGGUGUUCAUUCGAUACAAUGGAUGCCCGUUGCCGCUAAGCAAAUCGUUCAGCCAAAUUCAUUCCGGUUUGUAUGAGUUUCACUUCAACACAACCGAAAGCGUUUCAAUUACCAGGGAAUACUUCAAUGGAUUGGGUAACCUUCAGGAAUUGUUUUUGAGAUCGAGCUCAUCAAUGGACCUGGCUGACGACGUUGUCACAGACCUACCCUAUUUGAUUGAUCUGACAAUAAUAUCAAAGGAAAUCAACGAGAAAAUAUUCGAUCAACCGUCGAAUGUGACCGCUUUGAAUGUCGGCGGUCUUAGCGGUGAAUUCAAUACAGAAGUGCUGAAGAAAUGGACUCAGCUUACCUCGUUCAGUUUGACUGAGAGCAAAAUUCAACAUUUGUCAAAGAAACUUUUCGCGAGUGUGCCGAAUAUUCUCACGGUGUCGUUAAAGUUCAAUGAAAUUACAUCGAUUGACUCCGAUGCCUUUGAAUCACUCGAGAAAUUGCAAGGCAUGUCAUUGGUAAAGAAUAAAUUUGUAAAUAUUCCGCAACGUUUGAUCAUAAAAACAGACAGUUUUAACUACUUUCGCAUCGAAUGCGACGAAGACACCAGUCUCGACACAUUACCAGACGAAUUCCUAUCGAGUAUACCCAAUUUGCGAACCGUUUACAUCAUCGCUUGUAACCUAAAAUCCGUACCGGAAAAUCUACUCAAGAACUCGACGAACGUUUAUGAUUUGAAUAUGCGAAAUAAUGCGUUGACUGAUCUACCGGAAAAUUUCCUGGCCAAUCAAACCAAAUUGGGUCACAUCAAUUUCAGUUCGAAUCGAUUCAGCCAAAGUUCGGACCAAUUUUUCGAAAAUCUUUUAACAAAACCGAUCUGGGGCAGUGAUAGAUUUAACAUUUACUUCAUGAUGAAUGGCUUCGAAAGUCUCAGUCGCGAGCGCAUCUCGUAUCUAUCGCAAUUUCGUGGCUAUUUCGAUUUUCGCUGGAAUUCAAUCACUGAUUUGAGCGGUUUCGAUGGUUUGGUCAAAGGAAACGAAGACAGUUUCAUCAAUGUGGAAAGGAAUCCAAUCAAUUGUGAAUGCUUAAGCGUCAAUGCGUAUAAAAAGUAUGCCGAAGUCACAGCAGCCUAUUAUCAGAGACACAUCAAUGACACCGUUUGCGCUAGUCCAUUAAAUUUAAAUGGGACAGCCGUUAUAAAUGUUGACUGUUGAACAAAUGAAUU